GUGCGUGUCCAAAUCUGGGGCCGAGGCUGAGGAUCGAAAUUAAGCUCCAACCCCCCUUUGCGACGGCAUAUCCAAAUCCAACCUUCAUUCACUACCAACAAGCGCGUUUCACCCUCAUCCUCUCCACAAAAUCUCUUCAGUCACAACGAUCGUCUUAUCUCAUGAAUAGUUCUCAGUCAUGGACUCCCUAAAAAGUGUGCGGGAGAAGAUCCCUAACGCGCUACACCUCUAUUCCGACUUCAUCCUCAAAAAUCAAUCUUCCGUUACCCAAAUCGAAUCCGCUUUACGCUCUCUAACAUAUAUAAUACCCGGCCGGUUUCGCGAUGCCGAACUUGCAUCUGAAUCCCUACAUUCUUCUAUUCAGUUGCUCUCACUUUACCAUGACACCCUUCUCUCUCGCGCCCUAUCCAAACUCCCCGGUAUGCCUAGACAAAAUGCGCAUAAUCGAUAUACCAAAUAUUGGGUCAAGGGAAAUCGGAUGUAUAGAAGAAUUGCCAUGUUAUUGAGUAUGAUACAGUAUACCGAGUUAUUAUGGGAGAUGAUGGCCAAGAGGAAAGGAGAGAAGAUUAGAUGGAGAGUGGUAGUAUUUCUUGAAUUCAUCAAGGCAGUCUGUAAACUGCUACUCUUGAGAAUCACCAAAGGACGACCACUUGUUACGCCACCUCUUCCCGAACGUGAUAUCAUACCCGAGGAAUCACUUACGGAAACCGAGGAAAUACCCCCUUGGCUCGAUACCGACGACACGGCAGCCAUGCGAGAAGAGGAGAAGCUCCGCAAGAAACGCGAGGGAAAAGAACACAAAUUGAAGAGAACAGGCUUAACACUCCCAAAUCUCCCAAAUCCAAGCGAUAUCUCAAACUAUCUACUUUCCAAAGUUCUCGUCGCCGAAGACAUCAAAGCGCCAAUCUCGCUUCUUAACCCCCUUACUCUCCCUUCUCAAUAUGCAGAAUAUAUGCACAUUCUCCAACCCGUCAUCUAUGCCAUUGCUCUCUCUCAUUACCGCAAGAACCCUAAGUCCUGGAAACCCUGGGCUAUUGGUCUCAGCAUUGAAUAUGCUGCACGCCAACUCCGCAGCGAGAAUUAUAGAACUACUCCUCUUGAGAAAGAACAGUGGAAUAAGCGAGGCUGGGCAAUGGGAUGGUGGGCCUUACGAGGUGCUUUCUAUGAGAAUGUUACUAAGGGAUUCUUGCAUAGAACAAGCAACCGCUUGCCAAGUUUUGUUGGGGGUGUGGUCGAGGAUUAUUUGUGGUUGUGGGAUGAGUAUUACUUCAGUACGAGUCAGGAUUAGGGCUGCGAGGUAAAAUGUAAGAGAGAUCUACAGUUUCGCUUAGAUUAUCAAGGAGACGGAUCAGGGAGACGGAAAAUGUAAUCAUCAAUAUAUCAUGCUUCUAUACUGUUUUAAGACUAGGAGCUUGGAAGGCGUCGGGUCUAAUCUGGAAACAAACAAGAUUGGAACGGAAUGAAUGGAUACCUACACCUAUUAUGGAAGACGAAGAGCAGAGAAGAAGACUCUGAGAUUGGAGAAGGGAGUUUGGGAAAUGAAUACUAGUAUACCGAUAGAUAUUUUUGUAAUUACGAUAAUGAGUUUUUGUUCACCCGCGGAGUUUGGACUGGAAAUUCUGUUGUGAGCUUGGAAAUACCUGUUCUCUGAAUAACAAUGGAUAAUGGCGUUAAUAUUAAUCCCAAGCCUUACAAGAUUAAUAAUAUCAACACACAAGUAACAGGAGGGCUGGGAAGAAACAUAGAGAGGGGAGAUGUAUGAGGAGAGACCUUCAUCACCACGCCGAGUAGAUGGAUGUCACAUAUUCCCAACUCCUAACCUCUCACUCCCUCCUAGAAUGAAAUAAGAGCAUAUUCAAUAUUUCCCAAGCGUCUUCAAAAGUACAGGUACGGUUACAGGUACAGUUACCACCAGCUAGCUACAAGCAUUUGAAACCACGAGACUGUAUCAUAGAGUCUCAGGACUCGAAGGGUAUCCGCGCCGAAGGGAGGAAGGGAGAUGGGAGGGAGAGGAGAGGAGAGGAGAAUUUGUGAGGGUUUCUCUGUUGCCUUCUUGAUUCCAUUAUUACUCGAUUGCUCGGUUAGAUAUACAGAAACAUAUCGUAUGGUCGAUAGAGAUAGUAUCAGUUAUUUAUAUAUAUAUAGAUAUAGAUAAACAAACAAACA